AUGCAAUCUUCAACUUCUCGCAUUGUUCAAAACUGUGUUCUUGUUUGGUUAGACCCAGAUAUUAACAAACUAGAUAAUGCCUAUCAGAAUCCAAUAAAUGAGUUCCAACAUAUUGUUACACCACAUACAUUCGUCGAUGCCGAAGAAUGUGUCGAUUUUAUCACUGAAGUCAAACACGAAAAAGUAUUCUUGAUAACAACAAUUGCCCUUGGUAAACAACUAGUUUCUAACAUUCAUAAUUUACCGCAAAUUGAUUCUAUUUAUAUAUUUUGUAACACUGAAUCAACCCAGCAACAAUGGAUUGACGACUGGUAUAAAGUAAGAGGUGUUUUUACUGAUCUACAAUUAAUUUGUGCAACAUUAAAACAACAUAUGAUUCAAUGUGAUCGUAACCUUAUUCCAAUUAGCUUUUUAUCAAAAAAUCAAGAAUCGUUAAGCCAAAAUCUGGAUCAACUUGAUUCGACUUUUAUGUAUACUGUAUUACUGAAAGAAAUUUUAAUAAAAUUAGAUUAUAAACCAGAAGCUAUUCAAGAAUUGACUCGUUUUUGUCGUCAAAAUUACGACGACAAUGGUUCAUAUUUACAAAUUAUCGAUAAAUUUGAGCAAGAAUAUACAAAACAUAGUCCUAUAUGGUGGUAUACUUAUACGAAUCUUGCUUGUCAAAUGCUUAAUCAUGCUUUGCGUACUUUAAAUGUUAAUACAAUUGUUACCAUGGGUGUUUUUAUUCAACAUCUUCAUAAAAAUAUUGAAGAAAUUCAUUUAAAACAGAUUACAACAAUAAAAGAAGCUUUUAUUGUAUAUCGCGGACAAAGUAUGUCGAAAACUGAUUUUAAUAAAAUGAAGAAUUCAAAAGGUGGACUAAUAUCAUUUAACAAUUUCUUAUCGACAAGUAAAAAUAGGACUAUUUCCUUAUUUUUCGCAGAAGCUUCUCUUCAGAAUGACGAAUCAAUACGUAUUCUUUUUCAAAUGACAAUUGAUCCAUCAAUCUCAACGACUCCAUUUGUAUCUAUUAAUGAAGAAGGAUAUUACAAUAAUGCUGAAGAAGAAAUUCUAUUUUCUAUGCAUACAGUUUUUCGAAUUGGUGCCAUAAAACUACUUGAAUGUCAGAUUUGGCAGGUAGAUCUUAUUUUAACAGCUGAUAAUGAUCCACAGUUGAAUAUUCUUACCGAAUAUAUGCGAAAUGAAACAAGUGAUCAGCCAGAUUGGCAGAGACUUACUCGCUUGAUGAUUAGAACAGCAAAUUUUGAUAAAGCCGAAGAACUUUGUAACUUUCUACUUCAACAUACAUCAGAAGAAAACUAUGAAGAUUGUACUCGUAUUCACACACAAAUUGGAUAUAUCAAACAACAUAAAGGUCAAUAUGAUCAAGCAAUAGAAAAUUAUGAAAAGACAUUAACAAUUCAAAAUCAAUACCUUUCUCCUAAACAUUUUACAUUUACUGCUACAUACAGUAACCUUGGUUCAGUCUAUGAAGACAUGGGUGAAUAUGAAAAAGCAAUAGCAUUUUAUCAGAAAUCAAUUGAUCUUGCUGAAGCGUGUUCAGAAUUGCAUCGUCCUGAUCUUGCAUUUUUCUAUAAUAAUAUUGCUUCUACAUACAACAAAAUCGGAGAGUAUUCAAAGGCUUUAUCAUUUUAUGAAAAAUCACUUAUAAUUGCAGAAAAAUUUCUUCCUUCGAAUCAUCCAGAUUUAGCUACCACGCACAAUAAUAUUGGAAAGCUUCACAAUAAUAUGGGCAACUAUUCAAAAGCACUUUUGGCUUAUGAAAAAGCGAUUGAAAUUCGAAUAAAAACUCUCCCGCAAAACCAUCCUGAUUUAGCAACUAGUUACAGUACUAUAGGCACUGUAUACGAAAAUCUUGGAGAAUAUUCAAAAGCUGUUCAAUUCUAUGAAAAAGCACAAGAAAUCUUAGAGAGUUCUGUUCAAUUAGAUCAUCCAUCUUGGAUUCUUUUAUGUGACAGUAUUGCACGUAUUUAUCAUCAUCUGGGAGAUUACACAAAAGCACUUUCAUUCCACGAAAAAACAUUACGGAUUUGUGAACAAUCUCAACAACCGAAUCAACAUUAUUUAGCUGGUAUUUACAAUAAUAUCGGAACGCUUUAUCACAAAAUAGGAGAAAAUUCAAAAGCACUUUCAUUUUACACAAAAGCACUUGACAUUCAAAAAGUAUUUCUUCCAAAAAAUCAUCCAAAUUUAGCUACCAAUUAUAACAAUAUCGGAUCAGUAUAUAUCAAGAUGGGUGAUUACAAAAAAGCACUCUUAGCUUUUGAAACGUCACUAGAAAUUCGUCAUUUAUGUUUGCCUUCAAAUCAUCCAAGUUUAGCUACUACCUAUAACAACAUCGGAUCAGUGUAUAAUAGAAUGGGUGAAAACUCUAAAGCGCUCGAAUUUUAUAAAAAGACGCUCGAAAUUCAAAAGCUAUCUUUACCGAUUAACCAUCCAAGUUUAGCUACUACCUAUAAUAAUAUGGGUGCACUCUACGAUGAUAUAGGAGAACAAUUAAAAGCUAUUGAAUCGUAUGAAAACGCUCUUCAAAUUCAGCAAAUAUCACUUGGUGAAAAUCACCCUAAUUUAGCACAUAUUUAUAACAAUAUCGGGACAAUCUAUGACCAUUUAAAUGAUUAUUUUAAAGCACUUUCAUUCUAUGAAAAAUCACUUAAAAUUCGUGAGAUAUCUCUUCCGAUAAAUCAUCCUGAUCUUGCUAUCAGUUACAUCAAUCUUGCCUCCUUAUACGAUAAAAUGGAAGAAAAAUCUAAAGCACUACUGUUUUAUAUAAAAGCAUUAGAUAUUCAACAAAUCUGUCUUUCUAAAGAUCAUGUUGAUUUUGUCACAAGUUAUUAUCGUAUCGGUUCCAUCUAUGAAUCAAUGGAAGAAAAGACAAAAGCAUCUGAAUAUUACCAAAAAGCACUUGAAACAAUGGAGAAAACUCUUGAUCCAUUUCAUAUAAGUUUUAUUAGUAUACAUAAUAAUAUCGGAUUAUUUUUUAAUACAAUCAAAGAAUAUUCAACAGCACUUUUAUCAUUUCAAAAAGCGCUUCGAAUUCUUAAAAACUCUUCUGAAACAAGUUUAUUUGAUUAUGCAUGUAUUUACAAUAACAUCGGUUUAAUUUAUUAUAAUAUGGAAGAUUAUUCAAAAGCAAUUUUAGUGUAUGAAAAAGUUCUUCAAAUGACACAAACAUUUCUUCAUUCAAAUCAUCCAGAAUUAAUAACUGUUUAUAAUAAUAUUGGAUCGGCAUAUCAGAAAACAGAACAAUAUUUAAAAGCAAUUACAUUUUACGAGACAACACUUCAAAUACAACUAAAUACACUUUCUCCUUCAACAAAUUUAAACAUUGUAUCAACAUACAAUAGAAUAGGCAAGAUUUAUCAUCAAAUGAAAGAAUUUACUAAUGCACUUUCUCAAUAUAAAAAGGCAUUGGAGAUUCUUCAAAUGUCAUCUCCUGAAGAACAUCAUAGCUCGGCGAUUACUUAUGAGAACAUCGGUACAUUAUAUGAAGACAUGAAAGAUUAUCAGAAAGCACUGUCAUUUUAUGAAAAAGCGCUAGAAUAUAGACAAAAAUUUCUUCCACUAAAUCAUCCUGAUUUAAUUACUUAUCAUGAAAAAAUUAAAAGUCUGUAUGGAAAGAUCGAAACGAGUUCUACAUAA